AUGCAAGUUGAAGAGCUGUUAGAUAAUAUUUUCACAAUUUACAAGGCAGCUUCUGUCAAAUGUAAAGUAUUGGAGGAAGAGUUUCCAGCUGAUUUCUUUGAAGAUGAUCCAGCUAAAAUUUAUGAAUCGUAUUUGGGUUUCCUACAAAACAACACUGUGGUUGACGGUAAUUUUAUUUCGAAUAAUCAGUUAAAGUUAACUACUAUAAAUGCAAAGUACGAAAAUAAAGAGUACAAUGUAGAUAAUGGGUUUUACAAACUAUACCAUGAUAUUAAACUAGUCUGUACCAUGCUAGUGCAUUAUUAUCCUCAAGGUACCAGAAAUUAUCAGAUUAUUGAUAAAUUCUACAAAUUUGCUACAGAAUUGUUAAUCAGAGAAUGUUAUAGGUUAGGUGUACAACUAUCCGAAAAUCUAAUCAGAGAAAAUGAGGCAAAUGAAUCAAAUACAGAAUUGGAAAACUUGAUUAAAAAUGAUUUCAUAAAAAUUUCUACAAAUUAUAAGGUACCUAUCAUGGAGACUUAUCAUAUUAAAACUAGAGAUCAUGAGUUGUUUAGUUCUGUAAUUGCAAAAUCAAUUCUGGACAAUAGGCCAAGAGAGGUGCCAAACAGUAAUUUUGAAAUAAAUAAGAUUAUUCCACAAACUAAUAUGCGUGAAGAAGCUCCAAAAUUAGGUUUUGUUGCAGCAAACACAAGUAAUAUUCCAGACCCAACAUUUCCUCCAACUGAAAUGAUGACAAGGUUUCUACAUCCUAAUUGGUACUCCUUGCCAGUGGCAACAUGGUUAAAGUAUGGUGAUUUCAAAUCUUGGGCACCUUUUUGUAGUGAAAAUAGCUGUGUAUCGAAUAUUGGUGCGCGUGGUAAACUAUGGCUAGAGACAAUAGGUUACAUUAAAUUAUAUCAAAAGGAAACUAAGACCUCUGAAUCUACCGAACCUACUGAGAAAAUAGAAAAUGAAAAGAUAGGCAUAGAUGAUGAAAAGGAACGUGAAGACAAGAAUGAGGAUGAAGCUAAAGCAGAUAAUAAUGAGGAGAAAAAGCUAGAGACAAAGGAAGAUGACAGCUUAUAUAAAGAUACUCCAAUAAAAUUAGAAAAUCUUCUAAAAUGGAACCCAAGUAAUUACAUUUCAGAUAAUGAAUUGAAAGCAUUUCAAGAUGGUACACAAUCCCAACUUAUAUCUAAUACCUUGUUGAAACUUCAAAAGAUUAGAAAACAACGUAUACAUGAUAAGUCUGUCAGAAAACCAUCAAAAGAAGAAAUGGAUUUGUAUUAUAAAGUUAAACGAUUAAUGAGGGAAGUUUUACUUUCUAAACAAAAAUCAAAGUUAGCCUGUGAACCUUGUACUUCAUUCCCAAUUAUACAAGCUAAUUAUAAUGGUAGUAUACCCGUAGUAAGGUCUCAACCAAACAGGAAAAGGAAAUAUACAAGAAGAAUAUAA